AUGGCACUCGGCGAGCCAUCAGCGUCUACAGAUGUUAGUCAUAUACUUACUCUGCGCGGACAGGGAAGCAUUGUGGCCACUUUUCAACAAUACUCACCUUUUUCAAUUCGCGUCAGGGCGUUAUCAGAGCCAUAUGAUGAUGAUACACAAGGUUAUGUAGAGAUCCAAGUUCACAAAGGCAAGGCAAUAUUUGCAUUUAGACAUCCAGGAAACGAAACAGCCAAUGUGCUGUAUGGAAAAAGUACAACUCACACGAAAAGCGGCUUAGAUGAGGGGGAAAAAGUGUCCUACUGGUUGAGUUUUGAUCGCAAUCAAAGAAUUCUCAAGUACGGAAAGGGAUACAUCAUGGAAGAGACUACUCUGUUAACUCAGCAGUUUCCUCUGCCACAGAAGAAUGUUCAAGAUCCGUGGAAUUUUAUCUUUUCUCCAGACACAGUAAAGGAAGUAGCCAUCAAAGAUUUGAAAUGUACAAAGGGGUUUGAAGCUUUCAAAUUAGGUCUACGAAAGUUAUUUUCAUUCAGGCCUGAUCUCAAGGGAAUCGAAAUUCCGAGCGAUAACAGCCUGACCUUGUAUCCACAUCCAUUAACCCAUAACUGGUCUCCUCUUGUUUUAGACAGUACUAAAGCGUCACUCGUUGAACUGAGCAAUAAUAAAUACAUGUUGUCAGCUAGCCUUCCACCAACAUGCCGUGAACUUUAUGAGAAUGUCGCCUCCGCAAACGUGGAUCUGGACUGGCCCCAAAGCACGCCUAAUCUGUCGGUUGCCAUCGAUUACAGCAUCAAGACACCAGGCAAGAUUCUCUACGAAAAGCUCAAGGAAAAAGGCCUAGGAAAUGGGAUGUCAUAUCUAAGAAUCACCCUCGGCUGCCAUAGAGGAUCUUCGCCUGGCAUUCCUUAUGUAUUAGAGAUCUGGCCACCGAAAUCUUUCAGUCCAAUCCACAACCAUGGAAAUGCUUAUGCUGUAAUUAAGGUUCUCCAUGGAGCCCUAAGAGUUAGCAACUAUAAUAAGACAUGGAAAGGGAAUCAGGAAGAACUCUUAAGUUUUACCGUGUCUAAAGGAGAUAUCACCUGGAUGUCAUCUAACUGGUUUCAAACACACAAACUCUCAAAUGAGUCAGAGGAUCACUUCUGCGCCACCAUUCAAUGCUACAAAUUUGGCGAAAGAGAUCAGAUUCAAUGGCCCUAUUUUAAUUAUCUUGUUGGCGAAUCGGUAGAAGAUUUUCUGCCGAUUGGCGAUUUUGACUUUAAGAAACUGCGCGAAGAACUACUUGCAGAGUAUAAUGCAGACCAUUAA